AUGGAGCCUUUGCAGAAGAACGCCGAGACAGCGGCGGUGGCGCUAGCAGUGGCCGACCCCCAGGGGGCGUCCUCCUCCAGUGGAGUGGUGGUGCAGGUCCGCGAAAAGAAGGGUCCCCUGCGCGCUGCUAUCCCCUGCAUGCCUUUCCUGGUGGCCGUCACCUGCCUGUUCCUCAACACUUUCGUGCCAGGAUUGGGGACAUUUGUCUCAGCCUUCACUGUGUUGUGUGGAGCUCGGACUGAACUCCCAGAAAGACAUGUGUGCUGCGUCUUCUGGCUGAACAUCGCUGCAGCCCUCAUCCAGAUCCUGACGGCUAUCGUAAUGGUGGGCUGGAUCAUGAGCAUCUUCUGGGGCAUGGAUAUGGUCAUCCUCGCCAGUGAGUGGGGGAUGCCAUACCUGGACCCAGCUUGGAUGUGGGAGUGA